GGCGAGAAAGGAGGAGAAAGACCAAUGAGAUCGAAACCUUAGCGAAGAAGACAAAAGGACCAUAAACAUCAAAUCCAGAAGCUUCUUCCUACUUACCUAGCGCAAUAGAGAGAAAGAGAGAGAGUCAGAGACGAUGAUGGUUCGUUCUGCUUCGACGCGUUUCGCGGGAGCUUUCUUCCUUGUCAUCUUCCUCGUCGAUGUCGUUCGCUGCGAGGAGUGCACCAGAACCUGCAUUGCACAGAAUUGUGACAGUAAGUGUGGAGAACCUUUUCUUUUUCCGUUUUAGCUUCUCACUUGCGUAUAUUCGUCUGUUUACAGCACUUUCUAUACGAUAUGGGAAGUAUUGUGGGAUCGGACACUCUGGAUGCCCUGGUGAGGAGCCUUGUGAUGAUCUUGAUGCUUGUUGUAUGGUCCAUGACAGUUGCGUUGGGGCCAAAGGUAUGACUAACAUAAGCUGCCAUAAGAAGUUCCAGAAAUGCGUAAACAGGCUUAGCAAAUCGAUAAAACAAUCCAAAAACAAAAAGGUUGGAUUUUCAAAACAGUGCCCUUACUCGGUAGUCAUACCAACGGUGAAUCAAGGAAUGGAUAUCGGCAUUAUGUUCAGUCAACUAGGCAAUGAUAUGAGAACAGAGCUCUGAGUUUUAGAAGGCAUCACAUUGGUCAUUGGUAGUUUUAGAAGAUUCUUUGGUGGUGGUGGUGAUGAUAACUGGUAACUAUUUCCACUGCAAGUCUCAAUUCAAGUUCCACUGAAUGAUUUUCAGAUGUUAUUCUUGUAUACUAUAAGGCACUAUGUGAUUUGCUAGUUUUGGUCAGAAAAUCUUUUUCUAUUCUUAUUUUCAAAUUAUGAAUUAUGAUCUACCUGAUACCAACAUUUCUCAAAGCAUUGUCUCAUCCUUUCACUAA